AUGCGCGAGCAGAUCGCGCGCGUGUCGCACGCGCUGAGCGAAAGCUGGGCGCGCAUGCAAACGGCCUUGCACGAGGCCAAAAAAGAACAUGGCGUAGGGCGCCUCGAGGCAGAUGUGGCCAACGCGUGCGUUGCACCGAUCGCCGAGCACCUGCGGCAGCUGUGCGCCGAGGUGCAGCAGGCGUGGGCCGGUGGCGAAGCAUCGGCGAUGUGGGACGAGGCGCUUAGCAUGGUGAUCUGGGCACACAUACACACGUCGGUGCUGGCGUCCGCCGGCCUCGAGGAGGCCGUCGACCGCCUCGAUAUGGCCGUCGCCGUGUCGCAGCAAGGCCUGGGCGACCCGACGCUUCCUCUCUCGGCGCUCGCAGAUGUUCUCGAGCAGACGCCGAUCCAGCAGUGUAUGGAUCUCUUCAGCUACGCGGAGUCGCGCGCCGCGCUGCUCACCGAGGAUCUGGUCCCGACCACGGGCAAGGGCCUCGUAUUCCUGCGCAUGUGCAACGAGCUGCAGCGACGCCUAUCGGUGGUGCAUGAGGAGCAUGCGACGCUCGCGGGCCGCAUCCUCUUGCUCCUCUCGACGACGCUGCCCUUGCACGAGCGCAGCGGCGUGAACCUAAAAGGCGAGUCCAACACGGCGCAUGCUGCCGAGAUGGAAGCACUCGACGAUGCGGCCGAGCCGCUGGCCCCCGGUGCUACGCCUGCCUCCCUCGCGGAGCAUCCGUCGUUGUACGAGCUGUUCUGGAGCCUGCAGUACUAUAUGGCGAACCCGGCCGUCCUCCUUGCCACGGACGCAGCAGCGCCCCUGCCCGGCGCAGGGCCUGCCCAGUGCCUGCACAGACUGCCAGCGCCCGAGGAGGGCGCGGCGCCUACGGCGAUGCAGGUGUUCCAGGCGGGUGUCCAGUGCAUGCUGGACGUGCUGCAUGCCGUCCCGGCAGCGACAGCGCCUGGCGCGUCGCGGCCGGCCAAGAAGCGCAUGCGGACCGAGGCGUGCCCCACCUAUAUGAGCGCACGGCGCCUCUUUCCGUACGAGCUGCAAGACCCCUCGUUCCGACGCCAGUUCCUCGUGCAGAGUCUCGUCGUGUUCCAGUACCUGCUGGGGCAGAGCCAUGCGAGCCGCGAGCGCGCGAAAGACUGGACCAACAAACUGUUACUACAGACAAACGAGCUGACAGAGAGCGAGGAGCAGUGGACACGCAAGACAUGGCGCCAGGUGCAGAACCUCUUGCGUGACUCGGGGCCGGACGGGCGUGCCAUCCUCGAUAUCGUGCUGAAUGUGUUGCGGCGCGAGAGUGCCUGGGUGCAGUGGAAAGGCGCCGGCGCGCCUUCGACACAGCGCGCGCCACUGGAUGCAGAGACGUGCGCGGCGUGGCAGAGUCGCGUGGCUGCGGCGCUGGCGCGCCCCGCGCCAGCCCCGCUCGUGCCGAUGGGCAGCGCCGAGCUGCGCCGCCUGUGGGACGAGGGACUGCAGGUGCCUGCGCCGUCGACGGUGGAUGUGCAGACGGAGGAAGGCGAGGUCAAAACACUGCACACGGACGGACUCGAGGACUUGGAGGCGCCUGGCGGGACGCCGUCCCUCGUCUCGAUGGAUCGGCAGAUGAAGCGGCAGGCGGGCGACGACGACGACGCCCAAGCGAAGCGGGAAGGUCUUGCAUGGCGUGCGCUGCGGUGUGUGGACCCUGCGCACCUGCACCUCAUGGCAUGUAUGCGGGCGCCCGACGACGUGGAAGGCUUGCUGCAGGCGAUGCAGGCGGAGGCCCAAGGCGAGACCUACGAGCCGGCCACGAUGGGGAUGGAGCCGGACGAGCCGGCGUCGGAAGAAGAGGUGGUGCCAGAGACGAGUGAGCCACAGGCCCUAGAGCGAGAGUCGGAGACCAAGGACGCUGAGAUCAAGCCAGAGACUCGGGAUGCCGAGACCGAGGCCGAGCCAGAGACUCGGGAUGCCGAGACCGAGGCCGAGCCAGAGACUAGGGAGACCGAGGCCGAGGCCGAGCCAGUCGAGGCACAGGCAACGGAGCCCGACGCGCCCAACACAUCGGCGCACGAGGCGAUGCAGGUGGACGACGACACGCCGACCAGCCACGCACCCGCGCAUCUCGCUGACGACGAUGCGCGCUCGUCGUCUCUGUCCUCCUCGUCUUCGUCCCCCCUCUCGACGUCCGAGGACGAUGCGGACCCAGACUCGACGUUCCUUACGGCGCCUGCGGCCGAUCCACGCUCGCCGGGCUAA